AUGGUGCGACCUGCUUCCUUCACUCUGAGUGCCGGGCUGCUACUCAGCAGCGGCAGCGCUGCUUCUGCGGUGAGUAUGCCUUUCGACGCCCGGGAAGCCACCGUCGAGACUGUCCACCACGCACUCUACUCCGGCCUAACAUCAUGUCGCGACGUCGUCUCGUCCUUCGUGGCGCGUAUCAAAGCGUACAACAACCGCACCAACGCCAUCAUCACCCUCAACCCCCAUGCUCUGGACACCGCCGACUCUAUGGACGCGAGCCUCGCUGCCGGCAACGCUACGGGCUCGUUGUUCUGCAUCCCUGUCCUGUUGAAGGACAACUACGACACUGCCGACAUGCCGACGACGGGAGGCUCCCUCAGUCUGAACGCGUCGCAGCCCACCGAAGAUGCGCCGAGUGUGGCUGCCUUGAAAGAUGCUGGUGCCAUCAUGCUGGGUAAGUCGAACCUGCAUGAGCUGGCGUUGGAAGGCAUCUCGGUCUCGUCGCUUGGCGGCCAGACCAUCAACCCUUAUAAUGCCGCCAGGACCCCUGGUGGCUCCUCGGGCGGCACCGGUGCCGCGGUGGCGGCCUCCUUUUGCGUCUUCGGCACUGGCACCAACACUGUCAACUCGCUGCGAAGCCCGGCGUCUGCGAACUCCCUCUUCAGCAUCCGUCCCACGCGCGGCCUCAUCACGCGGACGGGCAUCAUCCCCAUCUCCCUCAUCCAGGACGUCAUCGGCGCCAUCGCGCGCUCCGUGAAGGACGUAGCCGUCGCCCUCACCGUCAUGUGCAAGAGCGGCUACGACCCAGCCGACAACGCCACCGCCCUCGUUCCCAUGAAGAACCGCCACAUCGACUACGCCGCCUCCCUGGCUCCCGCCCCUCUCGGCAGCCUGCGCCUGGGCGUCCUCAACGGCUUCUUCAACCGCACCACCGGCGCCUCUUCCAGCCCCGAGGUCGCGCCCGUCAAUGCCGCCAUGGACGCCUGGACCGGGAGAUUGGAAGCCGCGGGCGCCACCAUCGUCCCCAUCGACGAGGCCAUCUACAACGCGACCGUGAUCCAAGCGGCCUACGACGUUCAGCGAUUCGAGUACCGCGAGCUCAUGGACGCCUACCUCCGGCGCCCCUCCCUCGGCGGCGCGCACCCGGACACGCUCAACGAGCUGUAUAGCCUCAAGGCCGGCAACGGGUCCGCGGGCGAGUUCCUCGUCAUCCCCGCCGAGUACGAGUACGUGAACACGGCGCUGGUCUCGAGCACGGGCAACGCGACGUACCACGACCGCCGCUUCGGCAUCGCGAAUCUCACGCUCGCCCUACAGAACACCUUCGCCGCCAACAACCUCGACGCCGUCAUCUACCCCGAGCAGAAGAACCUGGUGGCCAAGAUCGGCUCGCCCUCGCAAUCCGGGCGCAACGGCAUCCUGGCCGCGCUCACGGGGUCGCCCGUCGUCACGGUGCCCAUUGGGUUCAGCAACGCCACGGAGGGCGCGCCGAUUGGCGUGCCGGUCGGGAUGGAAAUACUGGGUCGGCCGUUCGAGGAAUCGAACCUGCUGGCGAUCGGUUACGCGAUGGAGCGGCUGGGCAAGGUCCGACGGACGCCGGUCUGGGCGCGGGAGGAGCCCGAGGUGCGGGCGUAUAGCGAGAUGCCUGUUGUGACGCCGGACAGUGGCAACGUACCGAGUGCGUAUCCUCUGGGAACGUUGUAA